AUGGAUAUCCCCGCGCUCCCGCUAUCCACACUACUGCCGCUGGGCGGUCUUGUGCUCUUCCUCGCUGUUUACCUGGUCCCAACCUUGCUUGGAAAACGGAAAUAUCCUCUGCCGCCUGGGCCCCCCGGCGAAUUUAUACUUGGCCACUCCCGAACAAUUCCCUUUGUGGCGCCUUUCAAACAAUAUGCCCAGUGGGCGAAGGAGUACAAAUCCGACGUGUUAUACUUCGAGACCUUUGGCUCGAAAUGGAUUGUGUUAAACAGCCUGAAGUCGGCGGUGGACUUACUCGACAAACGAGGCUCCAAUUACAGUGAUCGGCCCAGAUUUAUUCUUUUCGAAGAGAUGGGCUGGGCGCCAACUCUGACAUGGUUACGAUGGGGGCCUAAAAUGCAGCAACACCGGAAAAUCCUGCAGCCGGCAUUCAGCAAAGCCCAGGUCCGCCAAUAUCAAGAUAACCAGCAACGACAGGCUUUGCUUUGUCUACGAAAUAUGCUGGACGACCAAACAAACUACUUGAGUGCGAUUCGCCGAUUUGCCGUUGCGAUUGUGUUGAACAUUAGCUAUGGCAUUGAUGUCGAAUCCCCAGACAGUCCCUGGAUUAAAAUUGCAGACGAUGCAGCUGAAGCCAUUAGCGAUUCUGGUGCCCCAGCAAGUAGCAUUAUUGAUCGUUUCCCUGCAACCCGCCACCUUCCUACUUGGCUUCCGUUCAUGGAGCGUCUCCGCUAUGCUCGUAAGUGGAAAUGGGCUAUAGAAGCUAUCACCAACAUACCUUUUGCUCUCGCCCAAAAAGAAAUGGGGGAGAAAAUUGACCGCAAAUGCUUUUCGCAUGACCGCCUCCACGUCUACAACGCCAAUGCCGAAAAAGGAAAACCCAAUGAAUUUACUAUGGAUGAUAUACGUGGUGCAUCGGCUGCUAUUUAUAUUGCAGGAAAUGAUACAACCGCCACGACUGUUCAAUUAUUCGUUCUGUAUCUUAUGCAAAACCCCGAAGCACAAGCAAAGGCGCAAGCUGAACUGGAUCGCGUUGUUGGCUCAGACCGCCUGCCAACCUGGGACGACAUCCCGAAUCUACCUUACCUAAACCUUAUCCUUCAAGAAACCUAUCGCAUGAAUCCGCUGUCCCCAUUAGGUAUUCCUCAUGCAUCGGUCAGCGACGACGUUUACGAAGGAAUGCUUAUUCCCAAGGGAACCAUCAUUUACCCCAACGUCUGGGGUAUGCACCACGAUGAAUCAUUCUACUCGGAACCAUUCAAAUUCUGGCCCGAAAGAUAUUUGCCCAAAGAUCAAGGCGGCAAUGGAGAGCCAUAUCCAGUGGGCAACUUUGGCUUUGGUCGUCGUGUUUGCAUUGGCCGAGUAUUGGCCGAAAACAGUUUAAUGAUUGUGCUGGCUAAUAUGGUUGCUACCCUGGAUAUUUGCUAUCCAAAGGGUCCGAAUGGCGAGAGGACGCCAUUCGAGCCUGAAUGGUCAUACAUAGGACAAGCACAUCCACUUUCCUUCCCUGCUGACUUGAUCCCAAGAUCUCCAAAGGCAGAACAAUUGCUUAGGGCUGCUGUUGGAGUGGCCCGAUGA